AUGCCAGGCAGGUCCACGACAGACGCAAUAUUUGCGCUGAGACAACUGAUGGAGAAAUACAGAGAGGGUCAAAGGGAGCUGCACAGUGUCUUCAUUGACCUGGAAAAGGCGUACGAUAGAGUACCUAGAUCGGAGGUGUGGAACUGCUUGAGGCUGAAAGAGGUGGACGAGAAGUAUGUCAGGAUAAUCCAAGACAUGUACGAAGGCACGACAACGAAGGUGAAGUCCAUAGUGGGAACCACGGACAGUUUCCAAGUCAAAGUGGGAUUGCACCAGGGAUCCGCACUUAGCCCUUUCCUCUUUGCAUUGGUCAUAGACUGCCUGACGGUAGCAGUGCAGAGGACAGCACCAUGGGAUCUGAUGUACGCAGACGAUUUGUGCAAAAAGCCCAACUUGUUGUGCAAAAAGCCCAACUUGUUGUACAAAAAGCCCAACUUGUUGUACAAAAAGCCCAACUUGUUGUGCAAAAAGCCCAACUUGGAAAUUUUCAGGUAUCAUGGAAACGAAGACAAAGGAAAAGUUUCAGAGAGGAUAUUGGAAGCAACGAAAACAGUCACAAUACCUGAACAGGAACUCCUUACUAUAAAAUACAGAAAGGUCAUCAAGGGAAGGGACAAGAACUAUUCCAUGUCAACCUUAAAUAUCAAGAUGGGUUCCAGCCAGAAAGCUAUUAAGACAGACGUGGCAAAUAGUCUCACGGCAAUGGCUACUGAAGCAUUCUACAUUAUCGUGACCCUAGUUACCGCCAUUACCGCAAACCAUCCGUAA